AUGUCUACAGCUGGCUCUCAUCGUUCUCUCAGCGCAAUGUCUAAGGAAAGUGCUGUAGGAACCACAUCAGGUAGUAAUUCAAAGCAAUCCUCACAGGCUAAUUUAAAACAAAGUAAAUCACAACGUUCUAUUAUAUCAGUCAAGACAAUUCCAUCAAUAAUAUCAACAUCAGGGGACAAGACGAAUGGAGAAAACGAUGAAGGAGAAUUGGAUAGGACAACAUCAAUAUCAACAGUUGGAUUUGAAGAUAGCUUGGAAAUAAUAACGGAAAAUGGAGCUACUGCUUUGGACGCCUUAUUUACAAAAAUAAGAAAUUCUAUUUAUUUGGAUUAUUCUGAGGAGAGGAAUCGAGUUAGAUUCAGAAAUCAAUUCAUGAAUCAUGUCAGAGAUGUAUAUAGAAAAAUGAUUUUGAAAGAGGAUUGUAAAAUACCAAGAAUUGAAAAAUUAGAGGAGGAAGGUAAUUGGUCAGGAGGUGCAGCUCUGGAAAUUAAAAGCACACUGUUUGCUGACAUUGAAUAUAACCUUACGAGAGAAAUUGAAAGUAAUAAGCUAUUGAGGGAUCCUAAACCAGUAGAACUCCCAGCCAAUAUUUUUGGAGUAAAUGCCUACUCGAACAUAAUAACUAAAAGCAUACCACUUGCAUCUUUUGGAAAUUUAAUACACCUUGGAUUGGGAUAUAAUAGGCUCACCGACUUGUCGUUCUUGAAUGAGUGCGAACAGUUGGCUUCCCUGGAUGUGAGCUUUAAUGACCUUGAUAACUUAGAAAGUACUAUUGGAAUACUAUCAAAAUUACCCAAACUAAUGUCGUUAAAUAUGCAAGGAAACUGCUUCUGCAUGUUUGACAGUUACAGAGGCGCUGUGCUAACAAAUGUGCCUCAAAUCAAAUUAUUGGAUAAUGAUGAACUCAAUGAAGAUCAAAGAAGGCGAUAUAUGGAGUUAUUUAAAGGGUUCGAAGGAGAAAAGAAGCCAGUGAGCUUUUAUGUAGAGCGAAUUGUUUCCAACAUUCAAGAGGACGAUGAAACAAAUAGAACUGAAUUUUCGAGAGAUUUACUUGGAAUUUUAAUUGCAAAAUUUGAUUUACUUUGGGAAAGAGGAUUCACAUUACCAGAUCCAAUACCGGAUGAAGAUGAAUCAUCCAAGACUGGAGAUGAAUUAAAAGCUCUCAUGAAAAAUCAAUGGGAGCAAAAGAACAAACUUCAAAAUGACAUUUCAACAGAAUCUCAAUCCAACCUUUCUCUUGGUGUGUCAAUAACUCUGCCAAGUGAAAUAUGGGAUAAUUAUGAAAAGGAUUGGAAGGAUCCAAAAAAGAGAAAGCAAGCCAGAGCCAAUACUCUUAAAGCAAAUCAACAAAAAAGACCAACCUCCAACACACCAAAGAAAUAA